AUGGCAUUACUGGUAGACAAAUACCGCCCACGCUCUCUGGAGGCAUUGACAUACCACGAAGACCUCUCCGAGCGGCUCAAAAGUCUCGCAAAAAGCGGAGAUUUUCCCCAUCUUCUUGUCUACGGGCCGUCAGGCGCGGGAAAAAAGACCAGGAUUGUUGCAACGUUACGUGAGCUUUAUGGGCCUGGUGUGGAAAAGAUCAAAAUCGACUCUCGUGUAUUCCAAACCACCUCAAACCGCAAGCUCGAAUUCAAUAUCGUGGCUUCUGUGUACCACCUUGAGAUAACGCCUUCAGACGUCGGCAAUUUCGACAGGGUAGUCAUCCAAGAUCUUCUCAAGGAAGUGGCACAAACCCAACAAGUCGACCAGUCUGCUAGACAACGCUUCAAGGUCGUUGUCAUCAAUGAAGCGGACCACCUUACCCGAGACGCACAGGCAGCGUUGAGAAGGACUAUGGAGAAAUACAGCCCCAACAUGAGGCUGAUAUUGUUGGCAAACAGUACAGCAAAUAUCAUUGCGCCAAUUCGAUCGCGAACGCUGUUGGUGAGGGUAGCGGCGCCGACGGAGAGCGAUAUUUGCAAAGUUCUGGAGAAAGUUGGAGCGCAGGAAGGAUGGGCCGAGGCGGAAGGCUUGAACAGGAGGAUUGCAAAGGACAGUGCGAGAAACCUGAGGAGGGCAUUGCUGAUGUUUGAGGCUGUCCACGCACAGAACGAGAAAGUCACGGAUAAGACGCCUGUCCCGCCGCCGGAUUGGGAGGCUCUCGUCGCUCAGAUUGCCGAUGAGAUAAUGGCAGAACAUACGCCUGCGAGGCUUCUGCAAGUCCGUGCGAAGUUUUACGAUUUGCUCAGUCAUUGUAUACCACCUACAACGGUAUUGAAGACAUUGACCUUCAAACUCAUACCAAAGAUUGACGACGCACUGAAAGCAGACGUGAUCAAGUGGUCGGCUUUCUAUGAGCAUCGCAUUCGAAUGGGCAGCAAACACAUCUUCCAUCUCGAGGCUUUUGUUGCAAAAUUCAUGAGAAUACUAGAAAGCUACUUAAUGGGGAUGGAUUUCUAG